CCACUUGACCGGAGUCCGUUAGACAUUUUGUAGCCCUCCACUUUUACACCACCUCGAUUGGUUGCACUCACAGCCGGCUUGUUAACAUACGUGCCACAGAAAAAACCGCCCGUGAGAUACGAGUCACCACUGCCUCACUGGCGAAACCCCCACAACGGCGGUCCUAGUUGCCUGCCAUCCGUUCGUUAAAAUUCCCGAGAGCGUUGCGAACUGGGGAACGCACACUCUCCAUCAACACGCGGAAAAUGGCAACAGUUCGCACCCCCUUCUCUCUCUCCCUCCUCAAAACCCCCAAAUCCUCGCUUCCCAAUAUCUCCAAAGCCUUCUUCCACCCCACCUCCGUCUCCCACUCCCUCUCGAUCUCCCUUAAAUGCCACAAUGGGUUCAAUCCCCUUCAUCUAAAACCCUAUCUAUCCCCCUUCGUCGGGAACUCCAAACCCCGAAAAUCCGCCACCGGCGUAGCCGUCAAGUCCCUCUUCACCGGCAUCGUGGAAGAGAUGGGCCAGGUCCAGCACUUGGGGCCCUCCCGUGACGGGGGCUUUGAGAUGAGAAUCGCCGCAAAGACCGUCCUCGGCGGCGUCCAGCUCGGUGAUAGUAUCGCCGUCAAUGGCACCUGCCUCACCGUCACCGACUUCGACCCCGCUGCCUCCCACUUUACCGUCGGCCUCUCGCCGGAGACCCUCCGGAAGACCAACCUCGGCGAUCUCGUCAACGGCUCGCCGGUAAAUCUGGAGCGGGCCCUCCAGCCGACCUCGAGGAUGGGCGGGCACUUCGUCCAGGGACACGUCGAUGGGACCGGCGAGAUCGUGUCGAUGGAGCCCGAGGGGGACUCGGUCUGGGUGAAGGUAAAGGCGCCGCCGGAGCUGCUCCGUCUCGUGGUGCCCAAGGGAUUUAUCACGGUGGACGGGACGAGCCUAACGGUGGUCAGCGUUUACGAGGAGGAGAAAUGCUUCGACUUUAUGCUGGUCGUCUAUACCCAACAGAAGGUGGUGAUACCUUUGAAAAAAGUGGGGGAUAAGGUGAACUUGGAGGUCGAUAUACUGGGGAAGUAUAUUGAGAAGUUGCUAAAGAGCGGGAUUGGGUCUGCUGCUUCUGUUAGCUUCUCAUGAAGCUGAAAGGAAUUCAGAGGAAAGAAUGUCAGUAUCAAGGCAAGAUCCAUAUAGCAACCCUCAAAUUGUUGGGAUACAUAGUUCAAUCUUGAUAUUUAAGCUCUGAAUAUCAUAGUCUUCUUGGCAUUUUAGGUUAGAUGAUCUCCAUAGUUUACUCCCACUUUAUGUAUUCAGAUGAAAUUUCAUGUUUAAUACUUCUGUAUACUGUUUGGUUGACUUAUUCAAGAGUAUUUGGUAUUAAACUUUUGUU